GGUGGACUUGUAUAUUAAAAGGAUAAGAUCUAAGGAUCAGAUUUUGCUACUGAAAUGUUCUUAAAUACAUAACCACAAUGCUUCGCACUUUCCUCUCUGGCAUACCUGCCACCAUCUUUAGGGUAGUAUGCACCUGUGGCAUAUACCCGUAACUUGCACUGUAGCAUCAUGAUUCAAUGUUGUACUACUAGUAACUAUGCCAUCUGAUUGGCCAGUGCACCACGCUAGCCCCAAAGUUUUGUUGACUUUUCGUCAAGUAAACAAAUUCCAAGCAUUGAAUUUCUGAUUCGCUACCUAGUAGUUAAUCAACAAUGGCGCGUCGCUCAGCUCGCAUCGCGAGCGCUUCCAAGACAGCUACUGCUUCGCCCGCACCUCGAUUAGCAUCUGUGCACGAGCGCGAUGAACUCGCAGAAACGCCCUCGAAGCGUGCCACUCAUCCCCUCAACGCCAUUUCUUACCCAUCAAUUCCUCAACCUGCUACACCCGCUGUAGCUAGUCCAGUCAAGCUACCUAUGUCAGAGAUGCAUCCCAGCAAGGUUCAUCCCACCACUGCUGCGCCCUCUUCCGGUCUCAAGCUUGGGUUCUCCGAUAUUGACUACACCAAAAAACCCACGCAACGGACUCCUGGCGCGAUUCAAUCUACCCCUUCCAAGACUCCAGCAGUGCCAGCAGUGCCGGCAUCGGAUUUCACCUUCCGAUACACUAAACUCAAGGGCGAUGCCGACAAUGAACUAACCUCCACAGCUAAGAAAAUGAUGCAGGAUAUUCGCGAAGAGGCUGAAAAGUUCAAGGCUGAACUUGCUGCCCAACGCGAGCAAGAGAAGUUGGAGGAGGAGGAGGCCGCCGCUAAAGACGGACGAAAGAUUCGCCAGGCCAAGGGCAAGGCUGGUCGGUACAGCGCCGUUCAUAUGGCCGAAUUCAAAAAGAUGGAUUCUAUUGAAAACCACCCUUCAGCCUACCGUGCAAUUCCUGGACGUAUCACCCCGGCGAAGGGAGGACUCAAACGCAGCCAGUCCAAAGCAAACCUUGAUGAACCCGAGUCGGUACGAUCUAAGAAAGUUUCUGCGCGCCCAGUAUCAAGCUCGCCCGAGAAGCAACAGGAACAACCGGAACAACCAGAGUCACCCGUCAAGCGUGCUAGACAGCGAUUUGAGGAAGACGUAUCCACCCUUCGUCCCGUCUCGCGAGACGCAAGCUCCAUUCCUCGACCAAAGAGCAGCGGCAACGACUCGAUUUACAGUACCAUUCCUCGCUCGCAGACUUUGUCCAAUCUCAUGACCCCAACCAAGUCAUCUCUGACACGUACUGUCACUACUACUACUAAGAUUCCCACUACAGGCUUGCUGAAGUCUCCUAGCAAGCCCAAUCUUAGCGGUCUUCCUACGUCUGCGAGCAAGCCGGAUCUUUCUAGCCUUACCGGACCAGCCUUCAAGAAAGGCCUUGAUAGUCUAAAGAGAUCCAUGACGACGAACAACCUAGCUGCGAGCAAAGCGCCCACUCAGGUUCAAACUCCCGGUCGAUUUGCUAGGGUCAAGUCGAUCUUGAAGAAACAGAUGGGCGGAUCCAAGCCCAAGUCUGGCAUUCCUACGCUUGCCGCGUCCCCAUCGAAGACUUCUCUCCAUCCAGGUGUCGAUGAGGAGCUACAUAAUGCCCCUCUUACCACUCCUGGACGAAAGCUUGAGCGACAUAUGGUUUUUACCCAGACGGCCAAACGCGCUACGAUGUUAUUGAAUUCUCCGUCGCCUGUCAAAUCAAGCUUGCCACGCUCAAAGGCCAUGUCUCAGCUUUCUUCCAGCAAGCCGGCUGUUCCCAAGUUUGUGGGUGCGAAGAAACCGGAGGUAGAGGGUGAAGUUACAUAUCCUGAUCUUUCGGCCUACUGCCGUGACAUCAAGGAGGAUACCGAUAAGACCAGCAUGGAGCAGCCCCCCGAGACAAUUCCCGGUAGAUUUACGUUCCGAAGCGACCACACAAUCCGAUUCGACGGCACUUCCGGUACUGGUUUUGGUGCUGCUGCUGGUCAAGCCAGUCUUCGUCACGUUCGCAAGUCUGUUGUGCCCGCGACCCAAAUGCCUGGAGGUUUCCCAAGCCCGUCUGACGUAUCUCCCAGCAAGGUGAACAAAGAUGCGGUGAUUGCGGCUGGCAUUCCUCAUGGAAUGCCCAACAAGAAGAGACACAGAGCCAAUUCGUCUGACGUAUCUCCCAACAAGGAGAACAAAGAUCCGGUGAUUGGGGCUGGCAUUCCUCAUGGAAUGUCGAACAAGAAGAGACACAGAGCCAGUUCGCCUGAUGAAGAGAUGGACGAAGGUGCUAAGCGUGGCGCAAAGAAGUUGCGAAAGGCUCCGUCAGCAGCAGUUCAAGGACAUGCGCUUGUUGCGCCUCGAUUAGCAGGCCGACAAUCGCCAGUCAAGACUAGCGGACCGCCUGGUACCCCAAGUCCGCAGAAGAAGAAGGGUGGUAUCAGUCUUAGUCGACUAAACAUGCUCGCUCGACCCAAGGUCCGAAAGUAAUCGUCACAUGGCUUACACUUGCACGUGGUGGCAUAAGAGAAAGCAUAAUGAUAGAUUGUACCAACAAUCAGCACUUUGGACAAGGCGACGGCUCCUACUUAUGCGACCAUUGGACAGAUAGUCUGCACUUAAAUUGUUAGCAGAAGAAAAAUGGCGUAUUCGGUAUCCGGUCUUGUUUCGGAGGCUUGAGAUGGGUGUAGAUUACACACCCGAGGUUGAAUCUCAUGGAGAAGAUGGUGGAGAAGAUGGUGGAGAAGAUGAUGAUUGCUGGUGUGCUUUUCUCAGCCGCAUUGGUUUGUUUUACUGCAUAAUGGAUUCCGGGAAACGGGGUACUUCAAAAACAGGCAGGCCCCAAGGCUUUUACUAAGAGUUCAGUCACUUGAUUGUACACUCUGCUGAAUUAAUAUCCAUGUCUGGUGUUCGGUUGAUUUGCCGGCGUAAAUGGGAAGGUCCAUAGGUCUGGUCCCAUAGGGUUAAUAACGAUAAUGAACAUUUUUGACCAUUG